CACCGCCGUAUAAACGAGCUCUGGUUGUGUGAUGUCUGUCACUUGUUUGAAAAACUGGCUCGAAAAGCAAGUCUCUGUGUGUCCUUUGACAUACGUGGUCAUUUUAUCUAUCGGUGCUUUCACCCUCGCUCGGUUCCUGUUCAAGACAUGGCUCGUUUUUAGCCAGACGUUUAUCUUUUCCGGUAAAAGCCUUAAGCAAUUCGGCGCAAUGAGGGGUGCAUGGGCUGUCGUCACCGGUGCCUCUGACGGGAUUGGCAGAGAAUUUGCAUUGCAACUAGGUUCAGCUGGAUUCAAUGUACUUCUCGUCGCUCGCAACCAAGCUAUGUUGUCAGAUGUUGCGAGCGAGAUUGCUGAGAGGACGGCAGGAAGAGCCGAAAGUAAAAUAUACGUGCUUGAUUUCGCGAAGAAGGAUACGGAAGCGUUCGGCGGCCUUAAGUCACUUCUCGGCAAUUUGGACGUUGGGGUGCUGGUUAACAAUGUUGGAAAGUCCCACGUCAUGCCAACCUAUUUUGCAGAAACCACCGACCAAGAAAACGAAGAGAUUGUCAUCAUCAACGUUGACACUAUGAUCCGAGUCACGCAUGCUGUUCUCCCCGGGAUGGUCCAACGUAAGCGUGGUUUAAUCUUUAACGUUGGGUCGUUUGCGGGCCAAGUCCCCUCCCCUAUGCUUGCCACCUACUCCGGCACCAAGGCAUUCAUGUCCACCUUCACCAGCGCACUCGCGGAGGAGGUCUGGAAAUACAAUAUCAUCGUGCAGCACCUCAACACGUACUUCGUCGUAUCCAAGAUGUCUAACAUUCGCAAGUCAUCCGCACUAGUCCCUACGCCGCGAGCAUACGUCCGUGCAGCACUGAGCAAGGUUGGAUUGGCCUGUGGGGCCGCCAUGACGGAGCGUCCUGGCACCCUCACUCCGUUUUGGAGCCAUGCUUUACUCGAUUACCUCAUCCACGUAAUCGGGUGGAAAUCCGCCUUCAUAUCGUAUACCCACGCUUUGCACAAGGAUAUCCGUCGGCGCGCCUUGAGGAAACUUGAGAGGAAGGUAAAGAGCCAGUAGAAAAUUCUUUCAAACAUUUCUCUUGUAUGUUUUUCAUUGGGACUCACCUACGGGUACAAAGAAGAUCUUGCUUGGUGGGCCCCGGUUAAACAGUAGGACUUUGCGGGUUGCAUGCAGAACGCCAGGGUCUUUACAUUGGUGGAACAUUAAGAAGAGACUUGGCCAUCCCACUUUUCGCUGAAGCUCUUUGUCUAUCUCUUGUUACAUGAGAAUUUGGCGGUGACCCUAACGUCACCCUGAGAGGACUAAACGCGUGUGGUAAGUAUCACUCAGUUGUACCGUAAGUAUCGCCUGGGUCCAUUCAAUGUGGCUAGA